AAAGCCAAAGGCGCCCAAAGCCACAAAGCGAAAAAGCGCGCUCCACACUCAGCACCACCACUGCCGCCCGCCUCGAGCCCUCCUCCUGCCUGGCUGCCUCCCUCUUAAAACGAAGAUGCCUUCCCCAGCUCCCCUCUCUUGCCCACCUUGCUUCCUCGCCACCACCACUUUCCCCACCGCUGCGGCACUAGUCAGUCAGCACCAGCACCUUCGUCACCCUGCGCUUGUGCGCGGCAACACCAACGCGCGCCGUCGGGAUCGGCGGCACCGCUGGAAAUGGCGAGCGCCGGCGCCGGCCCGUCGGGGCCGGUGCGGUCCAUAUCCCAAACGGGGCGGUCGCGGACGAUGGGGCGUAUGCCCACGCGCGCCUUCACCAUACGUCCGGACGGAUCCUCCGGUGAGGACGGCGUCGAUAUCGUGGAGGAGGAGCUCGUGCCCUCGUCGCUCGCGCCCAUUGUACCCAUCCUCCGCGCCGCCAACGAGAUCGAGGAGGAGAACCCGCGCGUCGCCUACCUAUGUCGCUUUACUGCUUUCGAGAAGGCUCAUCAUAUGGACCAAAACUCAAGUGGACGAGGUGUUCGGCAAUUCAAAACAUACCUCUUGCAUAGGCUUGAAAAGGAUGAACAUGAGACAAAGCGCAGUCUUGCUACAACUGAUGCAAGGGAGAUACAGAAGUUCUAUGCGCAGUACUGCAGAAAAUAUCUAGAACAAGAUCAUGAUAAGAGGAAACCGGAAGAGAUGGCUAGAUACUAUCAGAUUGCGUCCGUCCUAUAUGAUGUUAUGAAAACUGUUACACCUGGCAAAAAUGAGUAUGAUGAUUAUGCUAAAGAUAUUGAAAACGAAAAAGCAUCCUUUUCACAGUACAAUAUUCUACCCCUUAAUAUUUCUGCUCGAGAACAACCAAUAAUGAAAAUUCCUGAGAUCAAAGCAGCAGUGAAGCUCCUUGAGCAGAUAAAUGGCCUUCCAAUGCCAAGGAUUGAAUUACCACAAAGCUCUGACAGAAAAACAGUGUCCGACAAAAUGGACAGACCUGUGGUUAAGGAUUUGCUUGAUUGGCUUCGGCAAACAUUUGGAUUUCAGAAAGACAGUGUUGCGAAUCAAAGGGAGCACUUGAUUUUGCUCCUUGCAAACAUUGACAUGAGACAACAGGGUACUGCCGAUCAUAGUGAGAGACAUGUUCACAUGAUACGUAGUAGCACAGUGAUAUAUUUGAGGAACAAAAUUUUCCAUAAUUAUAACUCCUGGUGUCGAUACUUACAUCUGGAGUCAAACAUUAGGAUCCAAAGGGAUGCCCCCACACAACAGCCAGAGCUUCUGUACAUAGGACUGUAUUUACUGAUAUGGGGUGAAGCUUCCAAUGUUCGCUUCAUGCCUGAAUGUCUUUGCUACAUCUUUCACCAUAUGGCAAGAGAUUUACAUGACAUAAUAUCUGAUACAAGCCAAGGAUCAUUUGAGCCACCGUUCCAGGGAGAGGGGAGUGACGAUGCAUUUCUGCAGCUAGUGAUCCAACCCAUCUAUAGUGUUAUGCAGAAGGAAGCUGCAAGGAGCAAACGUGGUAAGGUGAGCCACUCAUUGUGGAGAAACUACGACGACUUGAAUGAAUAUUUUUGGUCAAAAAAAUGCUUCAAAAAACUUGGAUGGCCGAUGGAUCCAACAGCUGACUUUUUUGCAGAACCUACCAGAGCCAAGAAUGAAACUGAGCAACAUGGUCACGUGAUUAGGAGAAGAAGGGCAUCAAAAACAAAUUUUGUUGAAGUUCGUACAUUUUUGCAUAUGUUCAGAAGUUUUGAUCGUAUGUGGGCCUUCUUUAUAUUGGGGUUCCAGGCCAUGGUAAUCAUUGCCUGGAGCCCUUCUGGGUCACUUUCUUCUAUAUUUGAACCAAAUGUUUUCAAAAAUGUAUUGACAAUCUUUAUAACAGCGGCAUUUCUGAACUUCCUUCAAGCCACGCUAGAGUUAAUUCUCAACUGGAAAGCUUGGAAGAGCCUGGAGUGCUCACAAAGGAUAAGAUAUAUCCUAAAAUUUGCUGUAGCUGUUGCCUGGUUGAUAAUUCUUCCUACUACGUACUCAAGCUCUAUUCAAAAUCCCACAGGCCUUGUGAAGUUUCUCAGCAAUUGGAUUCAAAAUUUGCAGAAUGAAUCAAUUUAUAAUUAUGCUGUUGCCCUUUACAUGUUACCAAACAUAUUCAGUGCCCUGUUUUUCAUGUUUCUACCAAUUCGACGGGCCUUAGAGCGCUCAAAUUCUCGCAUUAUUAGGUUCCUUUUAUGGUGGACACAGGUAAGGUUUUGUUUACAUAAGUUCUUAGCAGAACUGUUUAUACAUAACAUCUCACAAAUCUUUUUUCCUAAUCAGCCAAAGUUAUAUGUUGCUCGAGGCAUGUAUGAAGACACUUGCUCACUUCUUAAGUAUACUACGUUCUGGAUCCUGCUGCUUAUAUGCAAGCUCGCCUUCAGUUAUUAUGUUGAGAUUGCUCCUUUAGUUGAACCUACCAGGAUAAUCAUGUCACUGGAAAGGCCGCCUUAUGAGUGGCAUGAGUUCUUCCCAAACUUGCGGCAUAAUUUAGGUGUUGUGGUUACUGUAUGGGCUCCAAUUGUCAUGGUGUACUUCAUGGACACACAAAUAUGGUAUGCCAUUUUCUCCACAAUAUGUGGUGGAGUCUAUGGUGCAUUCAGCCGCUUGGGUGAGAUACGAACCCUUGGGAUGUUGAGAUCAAGAUUUGAGGCAAUUCCAAGAGCAUUUGGCAAAAAACUUGUACCUGAUCAUGGCAGUCACUUGAAAGGAGAUGAGGAGGACAAAAACCCACCCUUCGAUAAGUUUGCUGACAUAUGGAAUGCAUUUAUUAAUUCAUUGCGAGAAGAGGACUUACUAAACAAUAGGGAGAAAGAUCUAUUGGUUGUUCCUUCAUCUGGUGGUCAAACAAGUGUUUUUCAGUGGCCUCCUUUCCUUCUUGCCAGUAAGAUUCCAAUUGCACUUGACAUGGCAAAGAGUGUCAAGAAAAAAGAUGAUGAACUUAUGAAGAGGAUAAAGCAGGAUCCUUAUACUGAGUAUGCUGUAAUAGAAUGCUACGAUACAUUAUUAGAUAUCCUUUACAGCAUUAUUGUUGUACAAAGUGAUAAGAAAGUUGUUGAUAGAAUACGUGAAAGCAUCAAAGAUAGCAUCCACCGGAAAUCACUCGUGAAAGAAUUCCGAUUGGAUGAACUUCCUCAACUAAGUGCUAAGUUUGAUAAGUUGCUAAAUCUACUGAAGGAAUAUGAUGAGAACGAUCCUGUAAAUAGAAACACACAUAUUGCCAAUCUGUUGCAGGAUAUAAUGGAAAUCAUCACACAGGAUAUUAUGAAAAAUGGAAAAGGUAUCUUGAAGGACGAGGGCCAAAAACAACAACUGUUUGCAAAAUUAAAUCUGGAUUCAUUGAAGCAUGUUGCUUGGAGGGAGAAGUGCAUUAGGCUUCAAUUGUUGUUGACAACAAAGGAAUCUGCCAUAUAUGUACCAACGAACUUGGAAGCUCGGCGUAGGAUCACCUUUUUUGCAAACUCACUUUUUAUGAGAAUGCCAAGGGCACCACCUGUCCGUAGCAUGAUGUCCUUCAGUGUUUUAACUCCAUACUUCAAAGAGGAGGUGCUCUUUUCACCAGAAGAUCUUCAUAGGAAAAAUGAGGAUGGUAUAUCAAUACUGUUCUACCUACGGAAAAUAUAUCCAGAUGAAUUUAGGAACUUCCUUCAGCGGAUAGAUUUUGAAGUGAAGGAUGAAGAAGAACUUAAAGAUAAGAUGGAUGAGAUCUGUAAUUGGGCGUCUUAUAGGGGUCAAACUCUCACCAGAACAGUAAGAGGAAUGAUGUACUACAGAAAGGCACUUGAAAUCCAAUGCCUUCAAGAUAUGACAGAUCCUGCUAAAGUUGACCGAGACAGAUCAAUAGGAUCCUACCAAGAGUUGCAAUAUGAUAUUGAAAUGGCACAAGCUAUUGCUGAUAUCAAAUUCACUUAUGUUGUCUCAUGUCAAGUUUAUGGCAUGCAAAAGAAAUCAAAGGAUUUAAAUGAAAAAAGGCGCUAUCAGAAUAUCCUCAAUCUCAUGAUAAUGAACCCAUCACUACGAGUUGCUUUCAUUGAGGAGAUCGAAGGUCUAACCAGAAAUGGAGCAACUGAGAAGACAUAUUGUUCCGUUCUUGUCAAAGGUGGUGAAAAGUAUGAUGAGGAAAUUUACCGCAUAAAGCUUCCUGGCAAUCCAACAGAUAUUGGAGAGGGAAAACCUGAAAACCAAAAUCAUGCCAUAAUCUUCACCAGGGGAGAAGCACUUCAGGCCAUUGAUAUGAAUCAGGAUAAUUAUAUUGAGGAGGCGUUUAAAAUGAGAAAUGUGCUGGAGGAGUUUGAGAGUAGAAAGUAUGGGAAGAGCAAACCCACUAUAUUAGGCUUACGUGAGCACAUUUUUACUGGAAGUGUUUCGUCGCUGGCUUGGUUUAUGUCCAAUCAAGAGACCAGUUUUGUUACUAUUGGGCAAAGAGUUCUGGCAAAUCCUCUCAAGGUUCGGUUCCAUUAUGGCCACCCAGAUAUUUUUGAUAGACUCUUCCAUAUCACCAGAGGAGGCAUAAGUAAAGCUUCAAAGACUAUAAAUCUGAGUGAAGAUAUAUUUUCAGGUUUUAAUUCAACCAUGAGAGGAGGAAAUGUUACACAUCACGAAUACAUGCAAGUUGGUAAGGGGCGUGAUGUGGGGAUGAAUCAGAUUUCUAGCUUCGAAGCUAAGGUGGCCAACGGUAACGGUGAACAAACAUUAAGUCGUGACAUUUAUCGGCUUGGACGCAGAUUUGACUUCUACAGAAUGUUAUCUUUCUAUUUUACUACAGUUGGGUUCUAUUUUAGUAGCAUGGUUACUGUACUUACUGUCUAUGUGUUUUUAUAUGGGAGGCUUUAUCUGGUUAUGAGUGGUCUGGAAAAGUCUAUUAUGCUGGAUCCACGAAAUCAGCAGAAUGUCAAGGCUCUCGAAAAUGCACUGGCUUCACAGUCUAUUUUCCAGCUAGGUCUGCUGCUUGUCCUCCCUAUGGUCAUGGAAGUUGGCUUAGAGAAAGGGUUCCGCACAGCAUUAGGAGAGUUUGUAAUCAUGCAGCUUCAGUUGGCAUCUGUGUUCUUCACAUUCCAGCUUGGCACCAAAACCCACUACUAUGGGAGAACAAUACUCCAUGGUGGUGCAAAAUACAGACCAACAGGUCGUGGAUUCGUUGUGUACCAUGCAAAGUUUGCUGAAAAUUACCGUAUGUACUCCCGUAGCCACUUUGUUAAAGGACUGGAACUCUUGAUACUUUUGGUUGUAUAUCUAGUCUAUGGAAGUUCCUAUCGCAGCUCAAACAUAUACCUAUUUGUCACCUGCUCCAUAUGGUUCCUUGUUGCUUCAUGGCUCUUCGCGCCAUUUAUCUUCAAUCCAUCAUGCUUUGAAUGGCAGAAGACUGUUGAGGACUGGACAGAUUGGAGGAAGUGGAUGGAUAACAGAGGGGGAAUUGGCAUGUCUGUGGAACAAAGCUGGGAAGCCUGGUGGGUAACUGAGCAAGAUCACCUCAGGAAGACUAGCAUCCGAGCUUUUGUGUUGGAAAUCAUCCUUUCACUUCGAUUUUUGAUCUACCAGUAUGGCAUUGUCUACCAUCUGAACAUAGCAGAUCACCACAAAAGCAUUAUGGUAUAUGGAGUAUCAUGGGUGGUUAUGCUCCUUGUUCUUGUAGUGCUGAAGAUGGUUUCAAUAGGGCGGCAGAAAUUUGGAACAGACCUACAGCUUAUGUUCCGCAUUCUCAAGGGCCUUCUCUUCCUUGGUUUUGUCUCUGUGAUGGCAGUCCUAUUUGUCGUCUUACACCUUACUAUUUCUGAUGUCUUCGCUAGUAUCCUUGGAUACUUGCCUACUGGAUGGUGUCUUCUUCUGAUUGGACAAGCAUGCUCACCAUUGAUUAGGAGGACCCUGCUGUGGGACUCCAUCAUGGAGCUCGGAAGGUCAUACGAGAAUAUAAUGGGUCUCGUCCUCUUCCUGCCAAUUGGUUUCCUGUCGUGGUUCCCCUUCGUCUCUGAAUUCCAGACACGGCUGCUGUUUAACCAGGCAUUUAGCCGGGGCCUCCAGAUCUCAAGGAUCCUUGCUGGUCAGAAGGAUGUUAGCGAGUUCGAGUUCAAGUGACCAAUUUCAUCCCUCUUGCAAGCAAACCAAACUCACUUUCAUGUAUUUGUUUACGAUGAUCGAUUUUGGGUGUCUGUACUCUAGUAUAUUUUCAUCACGUUUACUACUAUAAUACUGUCUGUACUUGAGAAUGUUUUGCCUCUGUAAACUGACAUGUAGAAUUUCUGUAAUAUAUUUAUGGAAUUUGAUAACUUCCAUCCAUGCACUGAACGCUUUGAAUGGACCA